AUGGUCAAGGCUGUUGUUGCGGGCGCCGCUGGUGGCAUUGGGCAGCCUCUCUCCUUGCUGCUCAAGCUCUCCCCUCUCGUCGACGAGCUCGCAUUGUAUGACGUAGUAAACAGUUUGGGGAUUUCCAGUGAUCUAUCUCACAUCUCAUCCGCCGCCAAGACGACUGGCUACCUGCCUGCCAACGACGGCGCUAAGACCGCGUUCAAGGACGCCGACAUCAUUGUCAUCCCCGCUGGCAUCCCCCGCAAGCCUGGCAUGACUCGCGAUGACCUCUUCAAGAUCAAUGCUGGCAUUGUCAAGGGUCUCAUCGAGGUCGCCGCCGAGGUCGCCCCCAACGCUUUCAUCCUCGUCAUCUCCAACCCCGUCAACUCCACUGUCCCCAUCGCCGCCGAGGUCCUCAAGGCCAAGAAGGUUUUCAACGCCCAGCGCCUCUUUGGUGUCACCACCCUUGACAUUGUCCGUGCCGAGACCUUCGUCGCUGAGAUUGUCGGCGAGUCUAAGCCGCAGAACCUGACCAUCCCUGUCAUUGGUGGUCACUCUGGCGAGACCAUUGUCCCUCUUUUCAGCAAGGCCAGCCCUGCUGUCUCUAUCCCCGAUGACAAGUACGACGCUCUCGUGAACCGCGUUCAGUUCGGCGGUGACGAGGUUGUCAAGGCCAAGGAUGGUGCUGGUUCCGCCACCUUGUCCAUGGCCUAUGCUGGUUUCCGAUUCGCCGAGAAGGUCCUCCGUGCGGCUAAGGGCGAGAAGGGUCUUGUCGAGCCCAGCUACGUCUACCUGCCCGGUAUCUCUGGUGGUGAGGCCAUCGCCAAGGAGACUGGCACCGACUUCUUCUCUGUUCCCAUUGAGCUUGGCGCCAACGGUGCUGAGAAGGCCAUUAACCCCCUGGAGGGCAUCACCGAGAAGGAGAAGGCGCUUCUGACCAAGUGUAUUGAUGGUCUCAAGGGCAACAUCGUCAAGGGUGUCGAGUUUGUCCACAACCCUCCCCAAAAGUGA